AUGGGUGACUUCAAUGCAAAAGUGGGAAAAGAAGAAGCUUUUAGAGAAAUAGUAGGAAAUGAAAGCCUGCUUGGUGUGUCAAAUAAAAAUGGAAAAAGACUUAUAGACUUUGCCAUGGGCAAUGGAAUGGUAGUGAAGAGUAUGUCGCUCCAGAGAAUGAACAUAAGGAAAGCCACAUGGAACUCGCCAGAUGGCACUACUUUUAAUCAAACUGACCAUAUGGUAAUUGACAGGGGACAUGCGUCUGACAUCCUUGAAGUUGAUAGCUGCAAGGAGGUGGACUGUGAUUUGGAUCAUUUUAUGGUAAGAGGGAAAUUCAGACAAUGCACAGCCAUCUAUAGAUCCAGAGGGAAGAGAAAAGCUCCACAAAGAUACAAUGUUUCCAAAUUGAAAGAGAAGGGAGUAUCCGAAAAGUAUGAAACAGAACUGCAGAAGAAGUGUGAGGCUCUGGAAAGAAUUUAA